UCAUCUCUUGUAUUUCAGAGCGCUGCUCUUGUUUCGUGAAAAGAACACAAAUAUUAUAAAAAAAAUAAAUUCAAUUUAUAACAUAAAUACGCGAUUUUAGUUUCAAUAUUAAAAAAUCGUAAUAUCAUUCACGUACAACUUUAAUCGGCUGUCCAAGAACGUUAUUCACGAUACGCUUUUGUGUGACGUUCGUGGCCGUGUUGGUGGUGGUCGUCGUCGUUUUGUUAUUCAUUCACAAUUACCAACAACAAGAAGAAAUCAAAACACACAUCCUCACACUAAAAUUCGGUCGUCCUCAGUCCAGAAGUUCGCCAAAAACAGGAGGAAAAGCCACACUUCAUCAGCACAGUAAUCAUAAUUAGCAUUGGGGUGUUAGAACUUCAAAACGAAAUGAUUGUCUAAAUGGAAUAAAUGUGCAAAAAGUGAAGAAAAUAACUAAAGAACUUUAAAACCAAAAACGAUUAACCAGAAAAACGAAAAAUGAACAGCCAACAACAAACUCAAUAUUUUAUAACAACAGGAGGAGGAGGGAUGCCAUCAGUAUUGGCUUCCUCAACAUCUGAUCAACGUCUGGCUAUAACAACAUCUUCUGCUUCAACACCAAUACAGCCACCAACGCCAUUAAUAUCUGGAUCAAAUCCACAAUCAAUAAAUCACAAUUUUAUUGAAACAAAUAAAUUUGUGGCCACCACCAGUUAUGUUCCCGUCUUGCUGACAAAUCAAACUCUAAUUACAAAUAUUGAACAGCCAUUGCAACAAAAUCAAAAUAUCACCUCAACUGGUCUAAUCAAUGUAACAAGUGCCGUAAAUCCGGGCAACAAUCUUCCAUUAAUGUCUUCCAAUACGGCUGGUGGCGGUGGGGGAAAUGUUUCCUAUGUUAUGACAACGCCGCAGGCACCAAAUUUUGCUCCAUUGCUAGCAUCAGGACAAAAUGGUACGGUUAGUGUGCUAUUGACUACCUCGACUACACCUGCUGUAGGAGGAGCAGCAGCAGCACCGCCAUCGGUAGUCACAACUAAUUCAAUGGCAACAUCUGGUCAUGUUGCAGCAGCAGCUCCGUCAUUUAUAAUACGUAACAACGCAUCGACACAAAUCAAAACUCAGCACCAGCAACAACAACAACUUCACAGUCAAGGUUUUAAUGCAACAACGACAACUAAACAACAAUUGAAUCUAAACAAACAACUGCAAAUUAAUGCUGCAAACUCCUUAAAUGCCAACAACAUCAAUAUGGCCACAACUCUGGCUCCUGGAACCACAUUAUUAAAGACAUCCUUAUUACAAGGCUCCAAAUCGAAUGCAACGCCGCCUGCCACUCUCCCAAACAAAUUGGGCAAUAAGGCCAUGCCUCCCAUACAGCAACAACAACAACAACACCAUUCACAAUUGCAAAAAUCCAGCAUGAAUACCAUCGCCACCAAUCCCUCCUCCCAGUCCAUACUGGUGAAAUGUGAUGUUCAAAAUCACCCUACCCCGGCGGCUUCAUUGAUUAGCCAGACAGUACAAAAACUCUCACAAGUUAGUCUUUUGCAAAAUUCUCAGAAAAGUAAGACAGGAAAUGGUGGCAUUGGCCACACUCAGGACAUUAUUACAAAAUCAUCAUCUUCGAACAGAGUUGCUGCAACAAGAGAAAACCUUAAUGAAAACUCCGGGAAGGCCCAUGAAAUUAAAGUGGGUCACUUGAGUGCCGAAGUCUAUUUGAUUAAAAAGCCAAAUCUCAGCAGCAACCAAAAUGAUCACGCAAACAAAACAUCAAACAAAGAUUUCAAUUCUUUGUUAAAGCCACCAGUUGUGGCCGCCAAUGAUAGCAAGAAAAUAAAAAGGGAUUUGGCACCAGCAUCAAUAAAAUCCAGCAACAACAAAUCUAGUGAAACAAUGGAAAAACAAGAAUCGCUGUUAAAAAACAACAGCACCAAACAAAAUGUUUCAAAAUUACCUCAAAACGUGAGCCCGCGCAGUCAACGUUCCCAGUCAUAUACGGCAACAGCAACCACAAGUUCAAUUACAAUCAGUUCGGCCAAUGAACGGCGACACUCGGAACCGGCAAAACUUGAAAAGAUCAUUGAUUGGAAGGAAAAAUUCAACAGCAACAAAAAGAAUCCAAAUGUGAGACCACCUCUAAAAGAGGAAUAUGAAGAGGAGGAAUAUUUGAUUAGUUCAGGAGAGAAAUCAGAUAGCAACAAGAAUUCCCAAGAACAAGCCAGUGAGCCAAACCCAGAGACUGCUGAUCCAGGGGAGGAUGAUGAUGAUGACGAUGAUGUUACCAUACUGCCGGUAGAUGACUCCUUUACCGAACCCAUUGAAAUUGAUGAUGACGAUGACGAAGAAGUAGCCGAUGACAACAUGAAACCCACUGCUAUGGCCAACAGCCCCUCCCCAAAAGAUAAAAACGAAUCAUUACUGUGUGACGAACAGAUUUUAAUAUCCUCCUCAUCUUCCAUUUCCAAUCAGUCAUUGGAUUCCUCUACAAAAAAUUCCCCCAAAUUCGAAAGAAAUACAACACCGGCCGCCGUUGUCUCUCCCAUCCUUAAGAAAUCGCUAACCGAACGCAAACAAAUAGUCAAAGAAGAACCAAUGUCUUCAUCUUCAUCAUGUUCACCAACCAAUAAUUUCUCAGCAGUCUUAGAGAUGCUUUCCAAUUUUAAUAUGCUAAACUGGAGAGAGCGUUUGGGCACCGGUCGGGGUACGUCCAUGAAAUUCGAAUUGAAUGAGUUCAAUUUGUUGCAAUUACACGAGAAAAUACCCACGCGCACCAAAAGCUAUGCGGCCUUUGAGAAGCCGGUCUAUGAAAGGGAUGCCUUGCAUGUGCGAUCCGAGGAUGAGGGGCCACUGACAUACUAUACCUGUAGGAAAUGUAAGGUUCGAGCCUCGGCAUUGGAUUUCUUGGCACCAGAAUACUGUUCAAUUCAUUGCUUGAAACGGGACUGUCGCAAACGUCAACGCGAAGAAAGUGUCAGCAUUUUACGUAAAAAACAACGUAAUGCUGUGGCCAAUGUCAAUCCCCCACCUUUGGCGUACAUCAAUCAACCGAAAUUCCGUUGGUCCAAUUAUUUGAAGGCAAAUUACACGGCAAUGGCAGCGCCCAUAUCGCUAUUUCUCAAUCCCUUCCCAACGGGUCCGAACAACUUUAAAAUUGGCAUGAAACUUGAGGCCAUUGAUCCGGAAAACUGUGCAUUGUUUUGUGUGUGUACGGUCGUUGAUAUUCACGGCUAUCGUCUAAAGCUGAGCUUUGAUGGCUAUGACAAUUCCUAUGACUUUUGGUUGAAUGCCGACUCAAUGGAUAUCUUUCCGCCCGGUUGGUGUGCCAAGACCAAUCGUAUUUUACAGCCACCCAAGGGUAUUAGCCCGGCGAAGUUUAAUUGGCUGAACUAUGUGAACAAGGAAAAGGCCCUGGCUGCCCCAAGGCAUUUGUUUACCCACUUGAAUUCGUCUUCCCUUACGCCCAGGAAUCCAUUUCAGAUUGGCAUGCACUUGGAAGCUGAGGAUUUGAAUGAUACUGGAAAACUGUGUGUGGCCUCGGUGGCCGAUGUCUUAGAUGACCGCAUACGUAUACAUUUCGAUGGCUGGGAUGAUUGUUAUGACAUCAUUGUGGACAUCAAUUCACCCUACAUUCAUCCAUGCGGUUGGCAUGAAGGCCGGCAACAAUUGGUGGUGCCGCCGGACUGUGAAAAUGCCGCCUUCAGCUGGCAAACUUAUAUACGCCAGCAGGGCAGUGGUCUGGUGGCAAGUGAGGAGAUAUUCUCUCCCCGGGAACCAAUCCACUUCAAACCAAACAUGAAACUGGAAGUGGUCGACCCACGCAACUCCUCGUUGAUACGGCCAGCCACAGUGGUUGCCCAUAAGGGUCAUCGUGUAAAACUGCAUCUGGAUGGCUGGCCCAAUGACUAUUGUUUCUGGUUGGAAGAUGACAGCCCCGAUCUACAUCCCAUUGGUUGGUGUGAUGCCACGGGGCAUGAGCUGGAACCACCACCAGGCUUCCAAAUGGGCAGACAAAAAAUGCCCUGCCCCACUCCCGGCUGUCGAGGAAUUGGCAAUGCCAAAAAACCAUUCAUGAAUGUUCAUGCCACACGAGAUUGUUGUCCUUAUGUGCCGGAAAAUUGGCGUAUUGUCAUGGAAAAACCUCCUCGGCUGGGUUACGACGAAAUUGUGCGGACAUUACUAAAACCACAAAACAACAAAGGUAAUAGCCAUCAAAGCUUGCAGCCACGAUGGAGUGAUCAGCAAAUCUUGGAACAUUUGCAAAUAUUGGAUAACAUAAAACCCCACAGUGUACAAAUGGCGACUCAAGAAAAGAUCUCGCCAGCGGCAAAAGAUUUAAUUGGCAUUUCUUUGGUCAAUGUGAAACAAGAAGAAAACAAAUGCAACCCCUCCUCCACCUGCGCUGCAUCCAUAAACAAGAAAACCAUUGACUUGAUGACACCGCCCCUUCAACUGCAUCUUGAAAUUGCCAAAGAAUUUCUAUGCGACUAUGGACCACGACUACAGAAUAGCUACGAAGUAUGGCAAAAGAAUUUCACAUUCGACACCAGCAAAAUCAAAAGGAAUCCCCUGACUUGGUCCGUCUCGGAGGUGGGGGUAUUUGUUGACCUGUAUUUGAAUUGCCACCAAACGGCGGCCCUAUUCGCCCAAGAAGACAUCGAUGGCCAGGCAUUUUUGCUCUUACAACAAAGUGAUUUAACAGAGAGAUUGGGCCUAAAGCUGGGGCCCUCGGUUAAGUUAUAUGCCUGUAUAUUACAGUUGCGUACCUUAGCUGUGACCAAAUUUAAGGCAGCAUAUCACAAAGCUUCAGUGAAAUGAACGGCAUUGACACAUCAUUAACUCAAGAGUGAGAUCAAAUGUGGUUCACAAUGUUGUGCUAUUAAUCGAAGCGGCCAUAUGUUUGUUAAUAUUUUUCAAAAGUCUUCUCUUUUAAAUAAUAAUUUAAGUAAUGGUUAUGUUUGUUUGACUCAUCUUUCAUCUUCUUCCUUGAUAUAUAUUUACCAGUAGUAAUAGAGUUGUUAUAUAAGCUUUUUUUAUUUUUACGAUAUAGUUUCGUAAACUAUAACCUUUUUUCAUAGAUUGUAAGUACCUACUAAAAAAACAACUACAGGGUUUAUCCUGUAACAAAAAAAAAAAAAAACAAUUGGAAACGAUUCAAUAAUAGAAUGAACUAGAAAGUAAAAAAUAAUAAAAGAAAAAAUACUGUACAUAAA